CGCCAACGACGACGACGACGUUCGAAAACGACCGACGACGACGCCGAAGAGUCGCACGCGAUUUAAAACGCCCCCGAAGGCGCGAGUGAGUGCCCACAGUGAAAAAACGCCUGCGCAUACGGCUCAGCUCCGGACACGGAAUAAACGGCAAUCAAAGCCAAUAGCAAUAGCAUCCUCUCCUUCUCGUACUAGUAGUACUAGUCAAUAUUUUUUGUUUGGUGCUUGCAAUUUUUGUUUUGUGUCAAAAGUGAAACAACCAUCGAGGAAAGCAGUGCAGAAACCAUCGAGGAAAGCAGUGCAGAAAAAACGAAAGAAAAAAACUGAAAUCCCGCAGCAGAAAAGAACAAGAAACGGCAACAAAAAUGUUCCACUGGAGCUGCUGGCAGGUGCUGCUCCUGGCCAGCGCAUGGGCCGGAGUGCUGGCCAUACCCAAUGACGUUUACCUGAAGAUGUUCGCCAUGCAGCCGCCGGUGGCGGCGGAGGAUCCCUGCUACGACAAGGCGCGCCAGCCGCGCCUCUGCAUACCCGACUUCGUGAACGCCGCCUACGAUGCGCCCGUGGCGGCCAGCAGCACCUGCGGGGCCGAGCAGCCGCAGCGGUACUGCGAGCACGGCCCGGACACCAGGGAGCUGCAGUGCCACACGUGCGACGCCAGCAACUCGCAGCGCAGCUUCCCGCCGCGCGCCCUCACCGAUCUGAACAACUCCAACAACGUGACCUGCUGGCGAUCGGCUCCUGUGCUGCCGGCUGCCGGUGGGGGCAAUGUGACCUUGACCCUCUCGCUGGGCAAGCGCUACGAGCUGACCUACGUGAGCCUGCAGUUCUGCCCGCGGGCACCGCGUCCCGACUCCCUGGCCAUCUACAAGAGCUCCGACUACGGCCGCAGCUGGAAGCCCUUCCAGUACUACAGCUCCCAGUGCCGACGCCUGUUCGGGCGCCCCAGCCGCCUGGCCGUCAGCAAGCACAACGAGCAGGAGGUGCGCUGCAGUGAUCCCCAUCGCCAGGGGCAGGGCCGCAGCGAGGGUCUCGCCUCGCGCAUCGCCUUCAGCACGCUGGAGGGUCGCCCCUCGGCCCGCGAUCUCGACUCAUCGACGGUGCUGCAGGACUGGGUGACGGCCACCGACAUACGCAUCGUGUUCCACCGCCUGCAGCAGCAGCCCGAUCCGCAGGCCCUCAUCUCCAUGGACGCGCCGCCGUCGGAUCUGCGCAGCGCCAAGUACAGCGUGCAACUCAACAGUCCAGCGGGCAACAACAUUGACUCCUCGCCAGCCACCACCGUAGCCGCAGCCUCAGCCUCAGCCUCAGCCUCCGCCUCAGUAUCAGCCGCUGCCACGGGCCUCCACUAUGCCGUCUCCGACUUCUCUGUGGGCGGGCGCUGCAAGUGCAACGGCCACGCCUCCAAGUGCUCGCCGGAUGCCAACGGGCAGCUGAGCUGCGAGUGCAGCCACAACACCGCGGGCAGGGACUGCGAGCACUGCAAGCCCUUCUACUACGACCGCCCCUGGGGCAGGGCCACGGCACGCGAGCCCAACGAAUGCAAAAUGUGCAACUGCAACAAUCACGCGCGACAGUGCCGCUUCAAUAUGGAAAUCUUUCGCGCCUCUCAGGGCGUCUCCGGUGGCGUCUGCCAGAACUGUCGACACUCGACCAUGGGUCGGAAUUGCCACCUGUGCAAGGAGGGCUACUACAGGGACCCCAGCAAGCCGCUAAAUCAUCGCAAGGUGUGCAAAGCCUGCGAGUGCCAUCCGAUCGGUUCAUCUGGCAAGAUCUGCAACAGCACCAGCGGUCAAUGUGCCUGCAAGGACGGAGUGACCGGACUGACCUGCAACCGCUGUGCACGUGGCUAUCAACAGAGUCGCUCCCACAUUGCCCCAUGCAUAAAGCAACCACCGCGCAUGAUCAACAUGUUGGACACACAGAAUACCGCACCUGAGCCGGACGAGCAUGAGCCCACUGCAGACGUUGCCAAUAAUCGUGGUGGCGGCUCCGCAUCGGCGGCCGCCCAAUCCCCAUACUACCGCACCGAGGGCGGCAGGGAGUGCGGCAAAUGCAAAGUAAGCACCAAAAGGUUAAAUCUCAACAAGUUCUGCAGAAGAGACUACGCAAUAAUGGCCAAGGUAAUUGGUCGCGAUACGAGCAGCGAGGCGGCCAGCAGGGAGCAGCUGGGAGCCCAGCAGCGACGCGCAAUGGAUCCCGCGGACGUGGACUACGAAAUGGAUCAGGAUCCGUGGGCGGUGGCCGGAAUGGACGCUGGUCAAACGGAGUACGAGUUUCAGGGGGACAGCGACAGCGACAGCGAGACGGUGCGCUACGAUCUGCAAAUCCAGGCCGUAUUCAAGCGCACCAAGUCCGGCCACGGGAGCAGCGGGGGGGGAGCGAUCGGGAUCGGCGCAUAUGGAAUGCCGAAUACAAUGCUAAAACGAGGUCCUAUGACCUGGAUCAUACCGAUUAAGAAUCUGGAGUGUCGCUGCCCCAAAAUCAGAGUUAACAGAUCCUAUUUGAUUUUGGGACGAGAUUCGGAGGCGCCACCUGGUUACCUGGGCAUUGGGCCGCACUCGAUAGUUAUUGAAUGGAAGGAGGACUGGUAUCGGCGCAUGAAGCGACUGCAAAGGAGAGCGCGCACCUGUGCGUAAGCCACACAAACAUCCCCCACCCACCAGCCAAGCCGUAUUUCUUGUCCCCCCCCACCCUCGAGUGUAUGUAGAUUCUAGGCGCCUACGUUUAAGAAUUUAACGGCAAGCAGAACGAAAGAAAAGAAAGAAA